CUGUGCACGUGUGAGCUCGUGCUGGUUCAGUAGCGCCGCUUUUACUCUUCAAUAAAAACACAUAAAAUCUGCCAACAUGGGCAAAAAGUUAAAAGUUGGAAAAACCCGAAAGGAUAAAUUUUAUCAUCUGGCUAAAGAGACGGGCUAUCGAUCUCGUUCGUCCUUUAAGCUGAUCCAGCUGAACCGUAAAUUCCAGUUUCUACAGAAAGCCCGGGCUCUGGUGGACCUCUGUGCUGCUCCAGGAGGAUGGUUACAAGUGGCAUCCAAGUUCAUGCCAGUAUCCAGUCUCAUCAUUGGAGUGGACCUGGUUCCGAUCAGACCCAUUCCCAACGUGGUCACCCUGCAGGAGGACAUCACGACAGAAAAGUGCAGACAGGCCCUCAGGAAAGAGCUGCAGACGUGGAAGGUGGACGUGGUGCUUAACGAUGGAGCGCCCAACGUGGGGGCUAACUGGCAGCAUGACGCCUUCUCACAAGCUCAUCUCACUCUAAUGGCUCUGAAACUGGCCUGUGAGUUCCUUAAUAAAGGAGGAACCUUUAUCACCAAAGUCUUCCGCUCCAAGGACUACCAGCCCCUCAUGUGGAUCUUCCAGCAAUUCUUUAAAAAAGUGCAGGCCACCAAACCACAGGCGUCCCGUAACGAGUCUGCCGAAAUCUUCGUCGUCUGCCAAAGUUUUCAGGCUCCAGACAAGAUUGAUAAUAAAUUCUUUGACCCUAAACAUGCCUUCAAAGAGGUGGAGGUUCAGGUGAAGACGGUGAGAGAGUUAGCAGCUGUGAAGAAACCCAAAGCGGAAGGCUAUGACGAAGGGGACCUGACCCUCUAUCACACUUUCUCAGUUACGGAGUUUUUGCGAGCUGAGAACCCGGUGGACUUCCUGAGCAAAGCCAAUGAGAUCACCUUUGAUAAUCCAGUGCUGGAGUCCCACUCGGCUACGUCUCCUGAGAUUAAAGAAUGCUGCACGGAUAUCAAGGUCCUGGGGAGGAAGGAGCUCCGUCUGUUGUUGUCGUGGAGGUCUAAGCUGAGGAAGUUCUUGGCCAGAAAGCUGAAAGAGGAAGCCAAGCAGCUGGACCAGGAGAUCAGCCUCGACUCUAGUGAUGACGACAGUGAUACUGAAAGGAAAAGCAAAAAGAGAAGCACAGAGAAGAAAGGAGAUGAUGAGGAAGAUGAGGACGAGGAGAUGGAGAAGAAGCUGGCUGAGCUGAAAGGACAGGAGAUCGCUGACCUGAAACGCAAAAAGAAGAAGCUGUUGAAGGAAAGACAAAAGCAGAGAGAGCGAGUGGAGCUGAAGAUGGACCUGCCUGGAGUGUCUAUUGCUGAUUCUGGGGAAUCCAGCAUGUUCUCCCUUAGCACCAUCAAUAAAGCCAAGGACCUGGAUAAACUGGCACUCGGGGACAUGAAGGCGGCCGAUGCCCUGGUGGACGAGGAGCCGGACGAUGAUGUUCACGUCUCUGAACCCGAGAGCGACGUUGUCUCUCUGGCCUCGGACCUGGACGAGGACGACAUGGCUGAGAUCGAGGAGAAAGAGCAGCAGCUGAAGAAGAAAAUUCCCAAGAAAAAAGUUUCCUUCACUGAGGAAAAAGAGGAUGACGAGGGUCAGGGAAAUGUGCUGCUGGUGGAUUUGGAGGGAAAAGAUAACAGGAGAAAUCGUGAGACCAGCAUGUGGUUUAGCAAGGAUAUCUUUGCUGAGUUGGACCUGGAUGGAGACAGAGAUGCACUGAAGGAACUCGAACAGACCCAACUGCUCCAAAACAAGAAGUCUGCAGGUAAGGGUAAAAAGAGGAAGGCUGAGGAGGAGGCAGAACCUGGUGUGAAUAAAGAGGAGGAGGAGGUGAAGGCGGACACACCCAUACAGGAGGCAGAAGAGGCAGCAGGAAAUGAGGAGGACAGUGAUGAUGAUGAUGAUUCAGAUGACGACAGCAGCGAUGAUGAGCAAGAAAUCGCGAGAAUGAAGAGCGCCUCUGGUUCCAGUGACCACCGCGACGAUGAAGACGACUUCCAAGUGGUUCCGGUCGAGAGCAUAAGUAAACGUGCUCGGAUUCUGGACCCCGAGGGUCUGGCUCUGGGUGCUCAGAUCUCCACGUCCAAAAAACGACGCCGGGACCUGAUAGACGAUUCAUUUCACAGAUUUGCCAAAUCUGAGGACGCCAGCGAGGCCCCAAUGUGGUUCGUAGACGACGAGAAGAGGCACAGAAAGAAGCCAAUUCCAGUCACGCGAGACAUGGUGGAGGAGUACAGGCAGAAGUGGAAGGAGAUCAACAGCCGCCCCAUUAAGAAACUGGCUGAGGCUAAAGCGCGCAAGAAGAGAAGGACGCUGAAGAAGAUGGAGCAGGCCAAGAAGAAAGCUGAAGCCGUGGUGAAUACGGUGGAUAUUUCAGAACGAGAGAAGAUGGCACAGCUCAGAAGCAUCUACAAGAAGGCCGGCGUGGGUAAGGAGAAGAGGGAGGUCACCUACAUGGUGGCCAAGAAGGGCGCCGGGCGUAAAAUCCGCCGUCCACCGGGGGUGAAGGGCAUCUUCCGUGUGGUGGAUGGGCGGAUGAAGAAAGACCUGCGGGGCAAGCAAAGGGAGCAGAGAGACAAAGGCAAAGGGGGCCGAAAAGGAGGAAACAGAGGCAAAGGUGGCAAUGGUGGUAAAGGUGGUAAAGGGGCUAAAACGGGUAAAGGCCGUCCGAAUAGGAAGUGAGAGGGCAAAACCCUGUGGGACUGCUGAUAAUGGGCUGAGCUGUGGGGUCGUGCUGUAUGGACUACAGCACCGUAUUGACCUUGAUGUAGUGUGCAAGGCUGGUCACACUCAAGGUGGUCAUCUGUAUGGACUUCAGUACGUGAUCAUGCACAAGCUUCUUGUUCAAGCUGAUCCAUGGUGUGAUUGCAACCCAGGUUAUGUAAAUACAGUUUCUAAUGUCAUUCUGAAGCUUUGUCUUUUUUUUUGCUCAUCAUUUGGUGUUUAUUUGUUUGUAACCUUUAUUUAAACGUCCUUUAAAACAGAGAACGUUUCAAAUCUGACUCCAGCCUGUAAAAACCUCAUGAAAAUGAGGAAAAAAAAAGUGUGAGUGACUUAGUGGUGCUGAGGAACUUACUACGAGUUGUGUGAUUCAUCUCUUUCAGAGAGGGGUAAUAAUGGAGUAUUUGCUUUUCUAGACGUGUUUCUUUCUGUACUUUUGGUUUAAGUUGAUUUCUUUGAUUUCUCUGAUUUCCUCUUGAUUAUCCUGUAUAUAUUUUGUAUAUUAUGUCCAUAAUGUUAUGGAUUGUAGAACUAGAAACAGUUUUACAGCUAUGGAUGUUUGCAGCAGAAUAAAAACA